CGCCGCCCUCGCGCGCCGCAGAGAUAAAGCAGCCGCCCGCGCCGGGCGCUGGCAAACCACGCUCCAGCACCUGACCUUACCGUUGCUGUUGUAUCCCGCACGCCCGCGCCCACCAUGGCCACCAUUCAGCAGCUGGUAGGAAGAUGGCGCCUGAUGGAGAGCAAAGGCUUUGAUGAAUAUAUGAAGGAAGUAGGAGUAGGAAUGGCUCUGCGAAAAAUGGGUGCAAUGGCCAAGCCAGAUUGUAUCAUCACUUCUGAUGGGAAAUCUCUCACCAUAAAAUCUGAGAGCACUUUGAAAACAUCACAGUUUUCUUGUAACCUUGGAGAGAAGUUUGAAGAAGUUACAGCUGAUGGUAGAAAAACUCAGACUGUCUGCAACUUUACAGACGGUGUAUUGGUUCAACAUCAGGAAUGGGAUGGGAAGGAAAGCACAAUAACAAGAAAAGUGGAAGAUGGGAAAUUAGUGGUGGUGUGUGUUAUAAACAACGUCACCAGUACUCGGAUCUAUGAAAAAGUAGAAUAAAAAUUCCAUCAUCACCUUUGAGCAGGAAUUAGCUGUAAGGAUGAACAAGCUCAGUUCAAUGAGCAAAUCCUCAUAUUGCUUUUUUUUUGCCCUUCAUUAUUAUGUUCCCUUAUCUUUAUCACAAACAUUUUACAUCUAACUAUUUUAAAGUGUUGGUUUAAUCAGGAUCAUCCCUUUGGUUAGUAAAUAAAUGUGUUUGUGCUAA